AUGACGGUCGAGCCGGAAUACGAUGACCUUCGUGACGUUCACGACGAGAGUCUCGUCCACCCGUCCAGCGCCCACGACCGUCGUUGUACCGCCACCUCCACCGACAGGCAGUGCUGCACCACCGCGAGCACCGGCAUCAGCACCAGCGCAACAUCACAGCAGGUUGGGCCACGGAUCAGGUAUCGGAGCCGCGGCAGAGCGGUCUCGACUGGCCCGUCCUCGGGUUUGACGACUGCCGAGAUGAGCGAAGCGCCCGAAGAAGACCAAUACGGCCAGACUGAGAUGGCAUUUGCAGAACAACCGGUUGGGAGGAAGCAGUAUUACUUCACGAAUCCUGAUCCGCCGAGGGUUUCGGGCGCGCAGACACCGUUGCGGACCGGACAAGAUGGCUAUCUCGGCAGUGUGCCAGAUUCGAGCUCGUCUCAGGGCAAGCCCGGUUUCGCAGACUGUCAAGCCGAUGCGUAUAACCAGCAUUCUGCCGCCAUCCGUGAGUCCGCCAGGGAGUUCGAUCAGCUAGAUGGUGGCUCAUACCAUCGAAACCAAUACACUCUUGGUCAAAGCGUCCGCGACGACCGUAACAGCCUUCCCUCGCAACACAGCGGCUUCCGUGGUGAGCCCGGCCGUACAUCCUUUGAUAGAGCCUCGGACGCUCCUUUCUACUUCGACGAAGAGGAAGACGAAGGUCCUGCUGCACCGACGCACGCCCACUUCCUGGGUAACCGCAAGAAAGGGCUGCCAGGGCAAUACAGCGACGGGCUCGAUGUGCAGAGCCAAAGCGGUCGUCCACUGAGCGGGGCGUCUAGGUUCAGAGACGAUGUUAGAGACGAUGAUGAAGGCGUCCACGCUCCACCGCACCUCGUGCAUUCGACGAUUCCGCCCCAAUCGAGUAAUGUGCGGGGUUAUUCGACAUUUGGUGUGCAGCCGCUCACGCAGUAG